CAAAAAAACAAAGGAAAGAAGAACGGUAGCAAGUAAAUUAACAAAACCCAGAGCUAAAAACCUUAAACCUUAAAAGCAACCAUGAAGAGGUCUCUGCUCAGAAAUGUCUCGCACUUGGCUAGAAAUCACUUCCUUUCUUCCCCCACUUUCAAUCCAGGACAUAACCCUUCACUCCUCCCACUCGCCGCUUCGACUCGCUCCAGACUCCGCUUCAGGCUCUUUUCUUCCGAUACCAACUCCUCCAAUGAAAACCCUAAUGCCGAAUCUACUACCGAGGUCACGCAACCCGAGAGGAAAGAUAUUGAUGUCGAGGAUGUCGGUAACAAAGAGCUGAAAACCAGGAUAGAGAAAUACUUCAAGGGUGAUAAUGAAGCUCUCCCAGAGAUUCUUGAAGCAAUUCUGCAGAGGAAGUUAGCAGGAAAGCACGAGGAGACAGAUGACGAGUUGAUGGAAGAGCUCCAGAUGCAGCCAUUGAAAGAUGUUAAUGACAAAGAAUUUGAAUCGGAUUUUGAGGAAAUAUAUGCUACUGAUGAAGAGAUUGAUAACCUGUAUGAUGCAAGAAGUAUUGUAACGAAGAAACUGAUGAAGGAUGAAUAUUUCAAUAUGGAUGAAAAGAAGUGGGACGAUAUUGUAGAGGAUGCUGUGAAGCAGGGAUUUGUCAAGGACACCAGAGAAUGUGAGGAGAUUCUCGAGGACAUGCUUAGCUGGGAUAAACUCCUUCCAGAGGAUGUUAAAAAAAAUGUUGAAGCAAAGUUCAAUGAACUUGGGGAUAUGUGUGAAAGAGGGGAGCUUGAACCUGAAGAUGCCUACAAACUGUUCAAGGAGUUUGAGGACAAGAUUGUUGCAGAAUCUAUGGAAAAGAUGGAUGCAGAGGAAUCCCCAACGUUUGAUGAAACUGAUUUAGUGGACAACAAGAAAGAUUUAGAUGACCCACCAGGUGAGGGACCGAUUCUUAGGUGGCAAACACGAGCUGUGUUUGCUCCUGGUGGCGAUGCUUGGCAUCCAAAGAAUAGAAAGGUGAAAUUGUCUGUUACAGUAAAAGAACUUGGGCUUUCAAAUUAUCAAUUCCGUAGGCUCAGAGAGCUGGUUGGAAAGCGUUACCAUCCUGGGAAAGAUGAACUUACAAUUACUAGUGAAAGGUUUGAGCACCGAGAGGAAAACAGAAAGGAUUGCCUUAGGAAUCUCCUUUCUCUUAUUGAGGAAGCUGGGAAGGCUAACAAGCUGGUAGAUGAUGCUCGAGCUGCAUAUGUGAAGGAGAGAUUGAAGGCGAAUCCUGCAUUCAUGACAAGGUUAAGUAUGAAGACCUCAGAAUUGCGAGGAUCUAGUACCGUGCCUGCUUGAAUUUGGUCUUUGAUGGUUAGUGGCUUGUGCAAAAACGUAUUUUAAUUGAAAUACCAAUUAUUGGAAUGUAGCCAUUUCAGUAUGCAGGACUCACUCCAAGAUAACUAUUUUGCUUUUGAGUCUGUUUUCACAAUUCAUAUCACAUGCAUGCAUCAAUGUACAUUGCUAGUUGCUGAUUUAGCAGCCAAUUGGCUAUGCUUUUUUUUGUUCCUGGAAUCUUUUACUUGGAUGACAUACUAUGUUGAGAGGAGCGAUGUUCUUUUUGAUUAAUGUACUAAAAAUUUAUUAACUUCCAGCAAUAAGUAUCUUAUAAUGUAUACCAUUUACUUUC